GGACACGCGGCGAGGCGCCGCCGCGGGAAGAAGGAAGAGGAGGGAUAAGAAAAGGGAAGAAGAUAAAACGGGGGAGGAGAGAGAGAAGAAAAGGAUCGAUAUCGGCUCGGAUACCGCCGGAAGAUCUUAGUUGGUGGUGACAAAGUUUAUUGUGGCAAGAGAGAGAGAGAGAGAGUUUGUGGAAGAGUUUUUUUACGCGCUUCCGGCCCGAAUCGAGGAGCACAAGAUGUGGCACUUGACGUGCGUCGACGACUUUUUGAAUCGCGCGUUUUACAAGGUUGGCCUCGUUGUCGGUCGACACCCCGGCUACUUCGUAAUCGUGCCGAUACUGCUGGCGUGCAUAUGUUUCACCGGCUACCAGAGGAUACACUACGAAAUCGACCCGGAAUACCUCUUCUCGCCCGUCAACGGCCCCGGCAAGAACGAGCGGGCGAUAGUCGAGCAGUACUUCAAAGUCAAUUACAGCCACCAAUUCAAUGUCGGCCGUAUCACACGACCAGGCCGAUUCGGUCACGUAAUUGUGAUUCCCAAGGAUGGCGGGCAUAAUAUGCUGAAGAGCGAGAUUUGGCAGGAGCUGCGGGAGCUCGACUGGAUAAUCAGGAAUGUCACGGCGAAGUACGAGGACGAGGAGUUCACCUACGAGCAGAUCUGUGCGCGAUGGCUCAACCAGUGUUUCAACAACGACAUCCUAAACCUGCAUCACGUAAUCAAGGAUGUGGAAAGGCGGGAGCUGAACCUGACGUUUCCGGUGAUGUUCAACCCGGUCACCUGGGACGCUCAUCUGUUUCCGGUCUUCUUCGGCGGAAGCGUCCUCAAUGACGAUUUCACUAUAGAAUCGGCGCCUUCGGUGCAGCUUGCCUACUUUAUCACCGUCGACAGUCCACGGCAGGAUGCGAUCGGCGCCGCUUGGGAGGAGGCUUUUCUGGAUGCCGUCGGCAAAGCCGAGGACGGAGGUGCGUUUAAGCACAUCAGCACCGCGAGAUUCGCCUCGAGGACCCUCGAGCUGGAGCUGGAGGCCAACACGAAGACGGUCGUGCCGUAUUUCACCAGCACGUUCAUCAUAAUGGGCCUGUUCUCGGUCGUGACGUGCAUGAUGACCGACUGGGUGCGCAGCAAACCUUGGCUCGGCCUCCUGGGGAACAUCUCGGCCGCCAUGGCGACGGUCGCCGCUUUCGGACUGUGCAUCUACCUGGGGAUCGACUUUAUCGGCCUCAAUCUCGCCGCGCCGUUCCUCAUGAUAGGAAUAGGAAUCGACGAUACUUUCGUCAUGUUAGCGGCCUGGAGGAGAACGAGUAUCUCCAAACCAGUACCGGAAAGGAUGGCGGCGACACUGAGCGAGGCUGCCGUUUCCAUCACCAUCACGUCACUCACGGACAUGAUAUCCUUCUUCAUCGGCAUCUUGUCGCCGUUCCCAUCGGUCCAAAUUUUCUGCAUUUACUCAGGUUUCGCAGUGGUCUUCACUUUCCUGUUCCACAUAACGUUCUUCAGCGGAUGCGUCGCGAUCAGCGGUUACUGCGAACAAAGAAAUUUACACAGCGUUGUCUGCUGCAAAGUAGAACCGCUAUCUAAAUCCACUCAUCGAUCGUGGCUGUACAGAGCGAUGUGCUCCGGCGGAAUCGAUCCCGACGACCCUCACAAUCCGAUCGACAAUCCCGAGCACGGAUGCAUGACUUGGUUCCGCGAUUACCUGGCGGCCGCGCUAAAUUAUCGCCCCGUGAAAGCGUUUAUCAUCAUCGUUUUCGUGUUCUACCUUCUCGGCGCGCUCUACGGACUUACGACCCUUCAGGAGGGCCUGGAUCGACGCAAGCUUUCCAAGGAAGACUCUUACUCGAUCGCCUUUUACGACCGCGAGGACUAUUACUUCAGAGAGUACCCUUACAGGAUACAGGUGGUGGUAUCAGGCGAAUACAACUACAGCGAUCCGGUGAUCCAGCAGCAGAUGGAGAACCUGACGAGGAGCCUCGAAGCGAGUAAGUACAUCAGCGCGCCGAUCUACACCGAGAGCUGGCUCCGCAGCUUUGUCAGCUACGUGACGCGCAACGACGAGUUGAACGUGAGCAUCACGGACGAGCAUAGCUUCGUCAAGAGCCUGAAGGAGCUCUGGCUCUACCCGAACAGCGCCUUCUCCCUGGACGUCAAGUUCGACAGCACGGGCGAGAAAAUCGUGGCGAGUCGUUUCCUGAUACAAGCGGUGAACGUGAGCGGCACCAAUCAGGAGAAGGACAUGGUGAAGGAGCUGCGCGGGAUAUGCGCGGCGUCGCCGCUGAAUGCGAGCGUCUUCCACCCGUACUUCGUGUUCUUCGACCAGUUCGAGCUGGUGAGGCCGACCAGCAUUCAGUGCAUGAUAUUCGGCGCGCUUGUGAUGAUGCUCAUCAGCUUCAUCUUCAUCCCGAAUAUCUUCUGCUGCCUGUGGGUCGCCUUCUGCAUCGUGUCGAUCGAGCUGGGAGUGGCCGGUUACAUGGCGCUGUGGGACGUCAAUCUCGACAGCAUCUCCAUGAUCAAUCUGAUCAUGUGCAUCGGCUUCAGCGUUGAUUUCACCGCGCACAUCUGCUACGCCUACAUGAGAUCGAAGCGGCCGCGGCCGGAGGAUCGGGUGAAAGAGAGCUUGUACAGCCUGGGUCUGCCGAUCGUUCAGGGUGCCGCCUCGACGAUACUCGGUCUCAUGGCCCUCUUGUUGGCCGGCACCUACAUCUUCCUGGUAUUUUUCAAAAUGGUCUUCCUGGUAAUCUUCAUCGGCGCCAUGCACGGUAUGUUCCUGCUGCCGGUGUUGCUGUCCCUCUUCGGGCCUGGCGCCUGCAGCGGCGGCGAUAGCGAGCCCGGCGAGGCGGAGAACACGAAGAACAGCACGCAGGAGAAGGAGCUGCAGGCGAGCAAGCUGCAACUGCAGUUACAGCAGCAGCAGCAGCAACAGCAGCAGCAGCAGCAACAACAACAGAAGCAACAGUCGCCUUAUGUUAUCUCGCUGCCUCAUCUAGUCUAUUACGGUCCGGGCGACAUCAAGCCGCUUCAGGACAAUCUCGCGACGAGCAUGGCGGCGUUUGAGGAGAGGGACCCAGGCUUGGGUACCAGCGAGGACAGCAACUCGACCGAGAGCGGCUCCUCGCAGAGCCGAAGGCGCCAGUGCAAGCAGCCGCCUCAGGAGCAGCAGGACCAGCAGCCGAAUCAGACCCGCCACGACAUGUGGAGGAGAUCCAUCGGCGUCCUGUUCGGCCUGUCGCAGUUCCAGUCCGCGCUCGGCGAGCCCCAGCACCCGGCGCCGGACUAUCCCGGCGCCGUGGCGCAACCGCGGCCAUCGAGCGAGGACAACGGUACGCGAACGGCCAAUGUACCUUGCCUAGAGCCUUAUGUCGCGUAUCGCCACUCGACUCCGUUACCGUGCGAUUACAGACGCAGCAGAUCCUACCACAAUCUGCAGUAUCCUGCGUCGACGCGGCAUUUGACGGAUCCCCGGUAUCCUUAGAGUCGCGAGGGAAAAGUGUGAAAGACAGAUAUUAUCUACGCGAUAAGCAAUGCGGGAGAUCCCCCGAUCGAAUUCAGUCCCCUGAAGCAGGACUGCAGUAACCGUCGAUUUUGGAAAGGAGGAACUGUUACAUUUAAGCCCUCUCUCAAGAUUAAGGAGAGGAAAGAUCGACACCGAAUUUGCAGACAAGUACGACGUUCAAAAGUAGUGCAUCAAUUAUGCCUAUCCGCUCUACUUUUAACUCUAUCGGAGCCUCAAAUAAGAUCGUGUCUCUUCGGAGAGAAUAUCUUUACCGAAAAUACCGAGCUAAAUUUGAAUUGUAUCUACACGCAGAAACGUCUCUCUCGUGUAUAAUUUAAUAUUAAUUUCUCCCAAUAAUAUUCUCUGUUCGUGUUCUACGUGUGGCCAGUACAUUUAAUACACGUUCGUUAAGCAUUACGAGCGUAUAAUCAAUAUUGGGAGAUGUCUGGUAUCUGGGGUCCGAGAGGUAACUACAAUUGUAGUGGUGUUUAGUCGCACGCCAGCUUCGCGAGGCCAUGACAAUAACGAGGAGGAAAGAAAAGCAAAUAGAAAGGAAACGACGUUUUGUGCAAACAACGGACUAGGACGUCCGAGUUGCAGUCCAUUAGUUUCAAGGGGCUGAAUUUCAAGAGGAUUUUACUCUCUCGAACCAUAGGGCAGUAGGAAGUGACGCCCGAGUACACUCGGACUCGUGUGACAAAAUUUUCUUUCUCUAUCUCGUUUCUCAAACUAAAUUUUUAUCUGCUACAUUUUUCAACUUUAUAUGCCCGAGCUUUGUCUCUUCUCAAAUUAUAUUACACAAUUACAUUGCAUAAACAGGCAUGGGGAAAAAGUAAAUAAUACUAAAAAAAUAGUUAAAAAAUAUAAAUAAUAAUCAUUAACAUAUGGUUUAUGUAUUGAGUACAAAAAUGAAGUACGAAGUGAAAAACGUUCAACGUACGAAUAACUAUAUAAUAUUAACUAUAUAUGUCUUCGUUUUUACAACCAAUGCUGCCAAAAAUAUUAAUAUUGUACGAAGCUGGAUCUGAGAGAUUCCGGGCGUCGCUGAAUGAGGAUUAAUAAUGUGAUUUUGAAGACUUUUUGUAUAGCAGUGUUUAUGACGGAAUAGUGGUGGAAAAACAACGUUGAAAUGUGUGUCGCUAUGUUUGAUACGAGGUAUUUUACGGUAUCGAAGCUUGAACAUUAUUUGAGAAACGAGCUGUCGUAUAUCCUAGAAGAUCAGUUGCAAGUAUGUUUUAGCGACCCCGCAUUCCUUUGAAAAAACAUAUGAGGAGUGUCGAUAUUUCGUUAUAACUUAGAAAGAGCAGAUCUAUCAAUUGUCGAAUCUCUAGAGAUUUGACGACCAUUGAAUUUCUGCUUCUUCGAAGGGCCGUAUUGUCAUUGUACGCGUUUGGCAACCAUGAGCGGCCAUUUCAUUCCGUUUCAUCUGACAUAAACCAGAUAAAAUGAGAUUCUGUACGAUCGCGCGCAUCUAAUCGUCCUAAAUGUAUGACGAGAAUACGGGCCUAGCGUUAAGCUCUAAAUUUUUAAGUCACCCUUGAUUUUUAGAUCCUGGGAUCCUCUGCGAUAAUCUGCCGAUCCGUCUUCUCCCUCCGCUGUCAUAGAUAUCACAAUUUUACGUUGGCGUAUCGCGCCCUUCGCAGCCAAAGGGUUAAUCUCGUAGCGCUCGCGUUGUGCAAUGUCCUUUGCGCAAAGGGCAAUGCGUCAAUGCGGGAGGAUUAGUGCCGGGACGACGUUGCCGGCAUCGGGUUUACGUUAGUUGUUAAGAAUAGCUCAAAUCGAAAGCGAUAAUAUUAUAUAUAUAUACAUACAUACAUACAUUUAUAUGUAUAUAAUAUACAUGCUCAAUAUCAAUCAAAACUAAUCCCGCAUUAUAUCAGACGUACUGAUCGGUACACGUAGGGAAAAAAGCAAGAAAAGCGUGACCACAAACUAAUAUUAUAACAUAUUACCACCUGAUUAUCCAGUAAACGCCAACUAACAAUUACAUAAUGUCAAUAUUAUCAUUCCCCACUCAACAAUAUAAAUGUAAUAGAACGUAUGUUGUACAUAACAGUUACAUUAUUGAGUAAAAAAUUAUAAUAUGGACGUUAUGUAACUGUUAGUUGGCGGUUCACUAGGUAUAAUAUUUUGUAGUGAAUGAAGCACAAUUAAAUUAAAAAGUAUAUAUUUAGAUGCAGGUUAAUGUUCAGAAAAGAUGAAUAAACUAAAAAUUGUUUUACUUGUUUUACGUAAUGCCUUUAAUUUUAACGCAAGAAGCAGCAGACAAUAUUUGAUCCUGUAAAAGCAGAGAUAUUCCCUCAUAGAAAUGUAAGCGAAAUAUAGUUACUGUACAUCAGUAAUUUUUAAUAAUUCAAUUACUGAACUCUGGUAAUUGUUCAGUGCUGUUUUCGUCCCCAGUUGUUAUAUUUCUGUAAGGGUUAAACUGUCGCUUAAAACAAUCUGUCGGAGUUGGACGUACUUUCUUUAACUUCUUAAUUGUAAACAGAAAAGAAAUUCUGAGAAAUUCUGUUUCAAGUUAACAUAUGUUUUAGCGAUAUUGCUACCGUUCGCGGCAUCAGUUAGAUCGUAAAAUAAAUAGAUCAAUUCCUAGAUUCCAUUUACACAUAUUGAACAUUGAUUUGCAACUAAAAAUACUUUUAGUAUAAUGUGUGUUUUGCUUCUUUAAAUAUUAAUUGAACAAUAUCUAGAAGCAUUAGUUUUAACAAUCUCCUUCUUUAUCCCUACGUGGCGGCGUAUCAAUUGUUCGGUAAGCGUGCCUUAAACAAUUCACAGAUGUAGCAUUUUGUCGUAUAGUAAGUCCAAAGUUCAAAAUUUGUGGUAAGUGGUUCGAGGGGCGGUUAAAGGGAAGUGUAUCAUAAGGUGUUCAAUUUCAAAUCUCCAAAAUUUUCUUUGGAAGUUGUUUGUAUCUUUUUGUAAAAUAUCCGAUAAAAAGAUUAUUGACACC